CACUCAACGGUUCAAUUGUCUGUAUAGAGUGCGGUAUAAAAGAGAAAUACGGUGUUAUGGUAACGUCCGUGAUUUCUGAGCUGAAAUAGAGUAAUGAUUAGCGGUUGCUGUGUUGUUUGUUACUUGGAAUGCAGACUUAAAUCGUGAGGCAUCUUUAUAACUUGACAAACUCGAAUUAUUUCGUUUCAUCGUGUUGAUUUUAACGCAAAAGGCGCUACAAGAUGCCCGAAGCUGGAACAGACAUGAAUAUGGACCGACUGUUUGAGCUGAAAACACCAGCUUGUGUAGGCACGGAAAACAUCCCACCUCCGUCUUUGUCCAGUGGUCCGUCAGGAGACAUCCUUCGCAACUUUUACCACACGAAAAGAGUUGGAAAUUACCUCAUCGGCAGGAAGCUAGGAGAAGGCUCUUUCGCCAAGGUGCGCGAGGGGCUGCACGCGCUCACUGGAGAGAAGGUUGCAGUGAAAGUGAUUGACAAAAGAAAGGCCAAGAAAGACUCCUAUGUUACCAAAAACCUGCGCAGAGAGGGUCAAAUCCAACAGAUGAUCCGCCACCCCAACAUUACACAACUGCUAGACAUCCUGGAGACAGAAAACAGUUACUAUCUUGUGAUGGAGCUCUGCCCAGGAGGAAACCUCAUGAACCACAUCUACGAGAAGAAGCGACUCGAUGAAAGGGAGGCACAGAAGUACGUCCGCCAGCUAGUCAUGGCUGUGGAGCACCUGCAUAGGGCUGGGGUAGUACACAGAGACCUGAAGAUUGAAAAUCUUUUGCUGGAUGAGCAAGACAACAUCAAGCUGAUCGAUUUUGGACUUAGCAACUGUGCUGGAAUCCUGGGAUAUUCAGACCCUUUUAGCACACAGUGUGGCAGCCCAGCCUAUGCCGCCCCUGAGCUGCUCUCAAGGAAGAAGUACGGCCCCAAAGUAGAUGUCUGGUCAAUUGGCGUCAACAUGUAUGCCAUGCUCACUGGCACCCUUCCUUUCACGGUGGAGCCAUUCAACCUCAAAGCACUGCACCAGAGAAUGGUGGACAAAGACAUGAACCCUCUGCCUCCAUCAAUUUCCUCAGCUGCAGUUAGUUUACUGAAGAGCCUUUUGGAGCCAGACCCUGCCAAAAGACCUAACAUCCACCAAGUUAUGGGUGAUUCAUGGCUACAGUUGGGAAACCCACACACAGGAAUCCCUUACUUAAACAGGAUUCAUAUUGAGGAGAUCAACCACACGGUUCUUCUGCAUAUGACCGAACGAAUGGGUUACAAGCACAGCGAAGUCCUUAGUGCUGUGCUCACUAACCGAGCUUGCCACACUCUUGCCGUCUACUUCCUCCUUAACAAAAAAAUGAAAAGACUCUCCAAAGAGUACAGGGAAAAACAGUACAGUAUGGAAAAGGAGAAAAAGAGUGAGCUGUUCCAGACCCAGUGGCGGAAACACAUUGAGAAGGUCACCAUUCCGCCAAAGCAGACACCAGUCUAUUUGGCUGUGAGCAAAGGCGCCACCAAAGAAAAGAAACAGAAAACAGGGCUUCUUAAAGCAAUGACUGGCCUGAAGGAUGCUUACUCAAGACAGGGUGGCUGCAUUGCCUCCUCCUCAUUAGAAUACCUAGAAAUCCACCCUCUGUUUCCACAAACAUCUCAAGGAGGGCGGCACCUUGAUGCCAAGCCACCCAAGAAAGACGGCCCAAGAGCCGUGGAUGUGCCUGCGCGGCCUCCUUCGUCUCUUGGUGCACAUUCCUGGGCAUCAGCAAGCAAAGAGCCUAGCAAAGAUGACCCACCAUCACCCUGGUACAAGCUCACCAAUGGAGCUCUCCUGCCACCACGACAUGUUUCUGCUUUCCACACACCAGACACCUCCUACCUCAAAAAGGCCACUAUCCCCAGUGUACCGGUGGUCAUUGUAAAACCCCAGCCCAAAAGUAGUCCCCCCAGCACAGAUCGGCACAGCAAACCCGAGGGAGGAAGCAGUGGGAGCAGCAGUGGGGCAAGUAGUGGAGGCAGCAGUGGCAGCAGCACUGAGGAGCCCAGCAGCCCACAGCAUCGUUCUAAGUUCCCUUCAAUGGGCAUUGGACAGAUUUUGAAAAAGAAAGUUCAACCCUUUGCCUUUCCAGCACCUCUGUUCAGGCCCGAGCCGGCCAUAGAGUUAGAGUCGCCGACUCCAUACCACAUGCAGACUCUACUGUGUGCCUCUGGGGCACUCAAGACUCUGUGCUGAUGACAAAAGAAUAUUUGAACUUAUGAUCUUAGGAAGUUGCUGUUUCACAUCCAGAUCUUAAGAACUGUCAUGUUCUGAAGUAAACAUACUUUUAAAACAGAAACUGUAUGCAGUAAAGUGAUAUUUAAAUACCACUGAUUUUUAUUCCGUUUCGAAGCACCAGGGCUUCCAAAGUGGCGGGGUAAUAGAACUUGAAUCCUCUGGGGAGUGAGCUGUCCUUGAUAUGCACAGAUAGAUGCCUGGGCACACCCCAACUCCAAGCACUGUGUUUUUAAUUACCUCUAAUGUGGCCUAUUGGUCACAGACUAGUAAUAUUUACAUUUUACUGCAAACACCACUUAAGGAUCAUAUAAAGACUUUCAUAAAACCACAUAUUUUUUCAGUAGAAGAUGCUGCAUCACUGCCACUUCACUAUGUUCCUCAGAGUGUCUGUGAAGCAAAUCAUCCUGAGAUUGCUUUAUGAUUUAGUGACGCAAGUGAACUGUCCCUGCAUUUCCACCUCACAAGUUACAGACUCUCAGGUCUACUUCACAGAAAAGAAAAUCUCCCCCUGAGUCUUGCUGUGAGUUACUGUCACCACUAGCUUUUUGCUUACCUUGAAAGAGAUUGUGGAACUUUUGUAUAGCCUUAAAUACCACGUAUUAAAGCCGUUUGGUCAAAAUCGGGCCAGUCAGAAGUAAUGUUACGUUGUGUAUCCUGUGUGUUAUCACUCUAAAUAAAAACAUGUAUUUUGGGGAGGGAGGCAGCAUUCAUGUUGUAACACAUCAUGUUGUGUAGACCAAGCAAUAGUGCAAUUAUUUUGUACCCAGUGUUAACCAUCACCACGCUUUAAUUCUGUUCACUGAACAGUUCUGACCCUGUGAUGUGAGAACCAGAUGUAAAUAUGAACUUGGUGUCUUUCAUGUUGUGUGUACAUUGAUAACUUCACUCAUUGCACAUUACUGUAGUUGAGGUAAAAAAGCUUUCAAAGUGUUUACUUGAAUAGAAGGCUAUGAACUGUUUGUUAAACUUUUUUCUAACACACAAUUUGUCUUUGCAUGCGAAAAGACGUUGUUCCAAUGAUUUGUAGGCUGUUGAACGUGGUUUUGUUACAGUGAGCAAUGAACCUGAGGUCUUAACGAAGUCCUUUGAAUUCUGAGGACCUUUUUUUGUAAACUUUCUAACACCUUGUGCUUAAGUGAAAA